AUGUGGUCAUCAGUUAGCUUAUCAUUCAAAAACUAUUCCCAUCAGAAUACUUUGUGGCAGCGAUUUUUCAUCAAGUCUUGUCGUCUAUUCAGUAGGAGAUCUUUAUGGAAUGUAUAUACUUCGAGGUCAUUCAUUAUACCAUUAAGCAGGUUUUCAUAUAACCAUAAUCAGCAAAAAACCUCUGAUCAUUCAAGACUGCUUGUCAAAACAGCUUUCGCUACUGCAUUCCUCACAAAGAUUUGGAAAGACGAAGAAGAAGAACAAGAAGAUGAAACCAAUCUCUCCGAAAAUUUGAAUAGUUUACAUACUCCAAUAGUUGCUAAAUGUGCAGAAAUUGUAAAACCAAUACCUAAAGACAGACAAGCUGCAAUUAAAGCUCUCGAUGUGGUUGCAGAUGUCGCGCAGGAUGUACAACCAGCGGUUGUUUCAAUUACCAGUACCGACAAAGGUUUCCUUUCCCUACAAACACGUUCAACUGGUUCAGGCUUUAUUGUGGACAAUUCAGGUCAUGUAGUGACAAAUGCUCAUGUGGUUGGCUAUCGGGGUGAUGUUAUGGUUCAUCUAUGUGAUGGUCGUUCAUUUCCUGGUAAAGUUCUAGCAGUUGAUGUAUCCUCAGACUUGGCACUUAUUCGAUUAGAUGUAAAGAAGAAUGUUGCUGAAAACCUUCCGCACUUACCAAUGGCUGCUAAUUUACAAAGAAUUCGUCCUGGUCAAUUUGUAUUAGCCUUAGGUAGCCCAUUAAUGUUGGCUAACAGUGUCACAGUUGGUGUUGUAUCUGCAGUCGAUAGAGAUCUUGGUCAUUCAGAAGGCUUAAAAUAUAUUCAAACUGAUGCUAUAAUAACAUUUGGUAAUUCAGGUGGUCCAUUGGUGAAUUUAUACGGCGAAGUGAUUGGAGUUAACGCUAUGGUGGCAGGUACAGGAGUAGGAUUUGCUAUACCUGUUGAUCAAGUUCGAAAAUUUAUACAAUUGGCUUUAUCAGCAUCAUCGAAAUCUCGAAGUUCUUCACCGCUUACAUCAAAAUCGCCUACUGAUCCAUAUAUUUUAGCUGACAAUUCAACUAGAACAGAAACUGGAACCCAACGUCGGUAUUUAGGUUUAGUUAUGCGAACAUUGACUCCAGAACUGGCCUUCGAAUUAGCUUCUCGUGGUGAACAUCAUUUUGUAGAUGUGCAUGACGGUGUCCUAAUUCAUGCUGUACUCAGAAACUCUCCAGCUCAAAGAGCGGGAUUGAAAGCAGGUGAUGUAAUAGUUGCUAUUGAUGGUAUACCUAUAGCAAAUGCCCAAGAAGUCUAUACGGCAACAGAAAGUCGAGAACGAAUAUCAAUUGUGAUAGUUAGACAAGGAAAACGUAUAACUAUAGAGAAUAUUCAAACUGAAAAAGUCUAA